AUAUGUAGCCUAGUGCUACGCACCGGAGUUGUUGCGUUUACAUUCUUACCACAGGUUUACAAUCUCUGACAAUAAUUAACAUCGAUGAGUCGUACAUCGACUACAUGGCCUAUUAUAUUUGCAAUUGCAAGGAUAAGAACAAGCGAAGUUUGUACAGAGUGAGAAUCUGACAAGGUGGGGGUGCAAGUAUGUUACCAGAUAAAGAUGGGCCAAGCAAUAUGGGCGGUGGGACCCAGGGCACUGAUGGAAGAGAAGACCCCUCUGUGACACUCUUUCGGGAGUACCUACGACUUAAGACCGUUCACCCGCAGCCUGACUAUGAUGCAGCCCUAGGGUUCCUUGAUCGCAUCGCCAGUGAGCUAGGCCUUCCCAUGAAGAAAGUGGAGGUGUGCCCUGGCAGGGUAGUUGCCAUCAUGACAUGGGUCGGCACCAAUCCUGCCCUGCGGUCCAUCCUGCUGAACUCCCAUACAGACGUUGUUCCUGUGUAUUCGGAGCAUUGGAAAUAUGACGCGUUUGCUGCCGUCAAGGACGCAGAGGGCAACAUAUAUGCAAGAGGGACACAGGAUAUGAAGUCUGUCACCAUACAGUACAUUGAGGCCAUCCGGAGACUGAAAGCUGAAGGGAAGAAGUUUGCUCGCACCAUUCAUUUGAUGUUUGUCCCAGAUGAAGAAGUAGGAGGCCACAAAGGAAUGGAGACUUUCAUAAAGCACCCAGAGUUUAAGCAGCUGAACAUCGGCUUUGCACUUGAUGAAGGUCUGGCUAACCCUGGAGAAGCGUAUACUGUGUUUUAUGGGGAGCGGAGCCCCUGGUGGAUCACGGUUCACUGCCCGGGCAGUCCUGGCCACGGCUCCAGAUUUGUGGAGAACACUGCCGCAGAGAAGCUGCGAAAGAUCAUCAACUCCUUCCUGGACUUUAGAGAGAAAGAGAAGCAUAGGUUGGACAUCAGUGAAUGCUUCACAUUGGGUGAUGUAACCACUGUGAACAUGACAAUGGUGAAUGGAGGAGUGGCGUACAAUGUCAUCCCUGCUGAGAUGGACGUCAGCUUUGACAUGAGGAUUCCACCAACAGUCAACCUUCAGGAAUUUGAAGAACAGAUAAAACGGUGGUGUCAGGAGGCUGGUGAAGGCAUCACAUAUAAGUUUGCCCAGAAACACAUGGACCAGAACACAACGUCUACUGAAGACACUGACCCAUGGUGGAACACCUUCAGCUCCACCUGCAAAAGCAUGAACAUGACUUUGACGAAGGAGAUCUUUCCUGCUGCCACCGACAGCCGUUUUAUCCGAGCUGUGGGUCUUCCAGCCAUCGGCUUCUCACCAAUGAACCACACGCCCAUCCUCCUGCAUGACCACAACGAGCACCUGAACGAGCAGGUCUUCCUGAGGGGCAUCCAGGUGUAUGAGAGACUGGUACCAGCCCUGGCCAGUGUGCCUGCUCUACUUGGGGAAGCUUGAGUAGCUGUCCUGGAAUCGUGCCCUCUACCCAAAACCACCACCCCCCCCCCUCCUUUGCCUUCUUUCUUUCUCUCUUUCUUUCUUUCUUUCUUUCUUUCUCUCUCUCUCUCUCUCUCUCUCUCUCUCUCCCCUCUCCUCCUUCCUCUCUGGUGUCUGUCUGGCCUAGUCUCCUGCACAGGUCUGCAGCAGUGGCAGCAUCAGCACCAUGAGACCAGUGCUGUGUAGGAUGCGUCGUCCUCAUGUGUGAUGGGGAGGCUAUCAUGAACACCUGCACUCACAUCACCUGUACUCACACCUGGUCGGCUUUAUGUCAUGACACUGCAGACCUGUGUGGCCUCUCUCAACUCUUUUCCCUUUAUUCCCUCCCCCUCUCCACCUUUCCUUUUCUCUCCCUCCCCCUCUCCCCCUCUCCCCCUUUCCAGCCUCUGUCCUUCUCUCUUUUUCCUUCCAUGUUAGGAAGCGAUUCAGCAACUUUAUUAUUCUCCAGUUCUACUGACUGCGAUGUUGCACAUAUCCAAAUCUAAGUUUAUUAAAGUUAAUCUUCAACAGAGUUCUGAUUACACCAAAGGCUAACUUUAAUGGGGAAAAACUAUAUACCGGUAUAUGGCAUUGCAUUGCAUACUUAUUCAGUUGCUUUAAUAAAUUGUCUCAGGAGUUCUUUUGGCACUAAAGUUUUUACUGAGCAGUUAAAGAGUGUCUUAUCUGCUAAAACGGUAGGGAAAGAAUUCAUUCAUAUGGAAUCUUUAAUAUGUAACCAUACAGGGAUGAAUCAAGGUGCUCAUUAAAUGCUGCUAGACUCCAUUUCUAUCUCAUAUCACCUCUCCUCUCCAUUCUCUCCCAUCUCAUCUCAGAUUCUCAUAAUCACUUGUGAAUUUGUAGAUCUCCUAGGCAAGGCAGGUUUAUUUAUAUAACACACUUCAUACACAAGGGUAAUUCAAAAUACUAGAGACAUGAUUUUUUUAAUGAACACGUCAUUGGACAUUUCACGCCCAUGUCUAUUAUAACACAUUUAGAUGUGUAUGGAAUAAUUUACAGGACCUCUGUCAAGAGUGAUUUUUUUGAACUGUCUGCUGUGCUGACUCCUUUAACAAUACUGUGAGCUGAUUUUGUUUUGGAAAUGUUGAAAUUAAAAUUAAUUGAGAAAUAAAAUAAUUACAUUUUGCUCAAAACGUGGUAAAAAAAUGA